AAAGGGAAGCACAAUCGUGUGUGCCAGAGUCACUCUCCCAUAACCUAGAGAGAUGGGGCAGUCUGUGCUGUGAGGACUGACGGAGCUCAGAAGAAAGAAAACAAGGACAGAAAAACAAACGAGACAGAAGAGGACAUCUGGAAAAAGCGGAAGGCAGAAGACAGGGAGGGGAAAACAAACCCACAGCAGGUGGAAACAAGAUCUAGAGCAAACCGGUCUGGUCCACAGUUGUUUUUCUGGAAGAGAAGAAAGUACCGGAGGAUUGCCUGUUUUCCCUUCAGUUAAUGAAAACUCUUAUCUUCAUCAAAAAGAAAAGGCUAAGGGGAGGUAAAGACAAUCUUUGUUUUCUUAGGGGCAGAGCUGAGUGAAACCCAGACUAUCUUUGAAGAGUCUAAAAUAAGCCGCUGCCUGGUACACAUUGCAGAACCAUCCUGGUCUCUGAAGAUCUACAUCCCCUUCAGGAAAAUUCCAGCCGGAGUAGCUGGUACAGUUCUAUUUUUAUAUUUAAAUAUCUAUGUCUCUUCUCCCCCCCCUUUAACAGUCCUUUCCUUGUUCUAAGCACGAGUGACAAGAAAGUGUCAAUACGGAAUAGGAAUAUUUUCAGUUUUCUCUUUAUCUGCCUGAGUCUUUUUUAAGAGGGGUAGGAGUGGUCCUUGUUUCAGAAAAAGACGUUUCAAUUUGAAAGACAGUCUCUUAAAAUAUAUUUACACCCACACUUAUUCAGAAAGAGAGAUACCUUUCGGAGGUGGAAAUCCUACGAGAAAGAUGGAAAAAGGAGCCAGGCACCGAAACAACACUGAAAAGAACCACCCAGGUGGAAGCGAGUCGGAGGCCAGCCCUGAGUCUGGUUCUGGAGGAGGCGGAGUAGCCCUGAAGAAAGAGAUUGGAUUGGUCAGUGCUUGUGGUAUCAUUGUAGGGAAUAUCAUUGGCUCUGGAAUCUUCGUCUCGCCGAAAGGUGUGCUGGAGAACGCCGGCUCUGUGGGUCUCGCUCUCAUUGUCUGGAUUGUGACUGGUCUCAUCACCGCUGUGGGAGCCCUGUGCUAUGCUGAGCUUGGGGUCACCAUCCCCAAAUCUGGAGGUGAUUACUCCUACGUCAAGGACAUCUUUGGAGGACUGGCUGGGUUCCUGAGACUAUGGAUUGCAGUGCUGGUGAUCUACCCCACCAACCAGGCUGUUAUCGCCCUCACCUUCUCCAACUAUGUGCUGCAGCCGCUCUUCCCCACCUGCUUCCCCCCAGAGUCUGGCCUUCGACUCCUGGCUGCCAUCUGCUUAUUGCUCCUCACAUGGGUCAACUGUGCCAGUGUGCGGUGGGCCACCCGGGUUCAAGACAUUUUCACAGCUGGGAAACUCCUGGCCCUGGCCCUGAUCAUCAUCAUGGGAGUUGUCCAGAUCUGCAAAGGAGAGUAUUUCUGGCUGGAACCAAAGAACGCAUUUGAGAAUUUCCAAGAACCCGACAUCGGCCUCAUCGCACUGGCUUUCCUUCAGGGCUCCUUUGCUUACGGAGGCUGGAACUUUCUUAAUUACGUGACUGAGGAACUUGUUGAUCCCUACAAGAACCUUCCCAGAGCCAUCUUCAUCUCCAUCCCACUGGUCACAUUUGUGUAUGUCUUUGCCAAUGUUGCUUAUGUCACUGCAAUGUCCCCCCAGGAGCUGCUGGCAUCAAACGCAGUCGCUGUGACAUUCGGAGAGAAGCUCUUAGGGGUCAUGGCCUGGAUCAUGCCCAUUUCCGUUGCCCUGUCCACAUUUGGAGGAGUCAAUGGGUCUCUCUUUACCUCUUCCCGGCUGUUCUUUGCUGGAGCCAGGGAGGGCCACCUUCCCAGCAUGCUGGCCAUGAUCCACGUGAAGCGCUGCACCCCAAUCCCGGCCUUGCUAUUCACAUGCAUCUCAACCCUGCUGAUGCUGGUCACCAGCGACAUGUACACCCUCAUCAACUACGUGGGCUUCAUCAACUACCUCUUCUAUGGAGUCACAAUUGCGGGACAGAUCGUUCUUCGCUGGCAGAAGCCUGACAUCCCCCGCCCUAUCAAGAUCAACCUGCUGUUCCCCAUCAUCUACCUGCUGUUCUGGGCCUUCCUGCUGAUCUUUAGCCUGUGGUCAGAGCCCGUGGUGUGUGGCACUGGCCUGGCGAUCAUGCUGACAGGAGUGCCUGUCUAUUUCCUGGGUGUUUACUGGCAACACAAGCCCAAGUGUUUCAAUAACUUCAUUGAGUCACUAACCCUCGUGAGCCAGAAGAUGUGUGUGGUUGUGUACCCCGAGAUGGAAGCGGGCUCGGGGAAAGAGGAGAUAAAUGAGGACACAGAGGAGCAGCGGCAGCCCAUCUACCAACCCAUGGCCUCCAAGGAAAAGGACUCGGAGCAGCCCCAACCCUGAGAACCACCAUCACCUCUCAGCUGGCUCCUUCCUCCUAUACCCCAUUUUUGCUCUCCUUCCCUGCCUAGGUCCCCCCAACACACACACACACACACACACACACACACACACACACACACACGGUGUGUCCAGCAGGAGCAGAACCUGGGUGUGGGUGGUAAGAAACUAUAGACAAACACACUGACAUUUGUCAAAGAACCAGCCUCUCGCCACCAGGGCCUGUGUCCAAAACCCUCACCAGGGCUGCUCCAAGAAGUGGGAGGAGAGUGGAGCUUCUGGCGGUACCCCACAGGGCCCUCCCUCCUCAGGAGCCCAGUCAGUACUGCCUUCCCUCCCCAUUCCUGAGCCCAUGGGAGGCCUCUGCUCAGAGAACCGGAAGCAACAGUGAGUCAGUUGGGGAGGGACAGACUCAGGCAAAUCUGUCAUCUUUAAAGGUCAGCUGGAGAGACUAGUAUCACCCUCCCUUUACUAGGGACCCAAG